AAGUCGAAAUCGAAGACUCCGUAGGGUCAUCCAUCCCGCUUCUGUUGAUUCUUUACGAGAGACGAAGAAAAGGCUUUUGCUUCUCUACUUCUUUCGAAUGAAGUAUUAGGAGGAAGCGACAAUGGCGACGCAAGUGGCCGGGGCCAUGACUGCGCAAGAUCGGCGAGUCUUGGCGGCUGUGAACGUCGGAGCGUCGAGCCUGUCGUUGGUAGGGUCGGGUUUCAUAGUGCUCUGCUACUUGAUCUUCAAAGAGCUUCGCAAGUUCUCCUUCAAGCUUGUCUUCUACCUCGCCCUCUCCGAUAUGCUUUGCAGUUUUUUCAGUAUAGUUGGGGAUCCAUCCACGGGUUUCUUUUGCUAUGCUCAGGGUUAUAGCACGCACUUCUUUUGUGUGGCUUCAUUCCUGUGGACCACAACUAUUGCUUUUACUCUUCAUCGUACUGUUGUUAGACACAAAACAGAUGUUGAAGAUUUGGAAGCUAUGUUUCACUUGUAUGUUUGGGGAACUUCACUGGUUAUGACUGUCAUACGCUCCAUUGGCAAUCAUCAGCAUGGGCAUUGGGGGGCAUGGUGCUGGACACAAUCAGGACGCACGGGGAAGGCAGUUCACUUUAUAACAUUCUACAUUCCACUAUGGGGUGCAAUUCUUUACAAUGGCUUCACUUACUUUCAAGUGAUUCGGAUGCUAAACAAUGCAACACGUAUGGCGGUUGGUAUGUCAGACCGGCCAUAUAAAUUUGAUGCGAGGGCAGACAUGAAGGCUUUGAACCGAUGGGGAUACUAUCCUCUCAUUCUAAUAGGAUCAUGGGCUUUUGGAACAAUCAACCGUAUUCAUGAUUUCAUUGAGCCAGGCCAUAAGAUCUUUUGGCUGUCUGUUCUUGAUGUGGGGACAGCUGCACUUAUGGGCCUGUUUAACUCGAUUGCAUAUGGAUUGAACUCUUCCGUGCGGCGGGCUAUAUUUGAAAGAUUGGAAUUGUGAGUUAGAAAUGCUGGUUUUGGCCAGACAGGCUUCAAAGAUGGUUUCCUUACAGUUCAAAGUUGAGAAACCAAUCACAAGAGAGUGAGCUUGUCUCUUUGAAGAUACUAGAUCAGCAAUAGCAACUUAUGAACAUGCUUGGCAUCUCCCGGAAGCAAGCGGCCUGGACGUGUUUCCAGUCUUCUCAACUCACUCUUUAUUGCCUGGGAGAUAAAAUGAGAAACACUGGACUCAAAUUUGAUGACAGUUGUUCAUUCAUUUUCAGCAUAGCCAAAUCUGAUGCAAACUGUUGGAUAUACUUCCUUUGUUUUUCAUCGAGACUGAUUUGAUCCGCAAAUUAAAUUAGCUUAUUUCUGUCUCAAAUGCAAGUUGGAAUCUCUAGGUGGACUCCAGUUUCUACGACAGCGGCAGUGCAAAGGCGUACAUUGUUUUUCCUAGCAUUUGUAAAGAAGUGUGAAGUCACCUUUUAGGAUAGUGCAAUAACUUUCUUACCCAGCUAUCAAUGUCAAAAGAACAUCGUCUUCCUACUGCUA